UUCUGAAAAGAAAUAAAAAAAAGAAAAAGUAGAGAAUAGAGGUGAAAAAAAAUAUUCCCAUUAGAAAUAUAUUAUCCAAUAGUAGCGGUCUACCUCUGCACAAAUCCCUGUGUCCCACUCCUGGCAUCACCCUGCUUCCCAUUGGCUUGGAUCUCUGUUGGUAGGCGUUCCCACCAGCUUUCAGCUCACUAUAUCUAAUUCAGUUGGCACCGGCAAUCUACACAAAAUACUCUCUCAACUUAAAUUGCGACUAUCUUUUAACAAAAAUUGCCCAUAUCGGUUAUAAAACUUUUACAAGUCCGGUAAAAAUCAAUCAAGAAUCCUGAUCGGGAAUUACGACUUCAAAAAAAGCAGAUCACUUUGCGUGUGCACCAGGAAGUUAGUAUGCAAUCAGGAUCAAAACAAUCUGAAAACAGAGGAAACUUCCACAGUAUACAAGUUAUGCUCGGACUUCAACAAGAACUGGGUUGUCAGCAACAUGAUGCCAUUGCUGCAGUAUCAGCUGCUUUGGGCUAUAGUCCCCCACCAGGUCAUCCUCAACAAUCUCUCUCGUUUGGAGUUAGCAGUCCUAGUACUAUGAGUAGCAACAUGCUCGGUGGUAUGACGCAGCAGCAAUAUACAACUGCCAGACUCAGAGAUGGCUUUGCGGAACUCGCAGCUACCAAAGAUUCAAAUGAUAAUGUAAAGCAAGUCAACUCUGCUUCUGACAAAAAUUCAGGAACGGCCAGCAGUACAACAGAAAAAGCUGUAAAAAAGAAAAAGACAAGAACAACGUUCACGGCCUAUCAGUUGGAAGAAUUAGAAAGAGCAUUUCAGAGAGCACCAUAUCCAGAUGUUUUUGCUAGAGAAGAAUUGGCAAUGAGGUUACAACUAAGUGAAUCUAGAGUUCAGGUAUGGUUUCAAAACAGACGUGCAAAAUGGAGGAAACGUGAACCACCGAGAAAAAACAAUUAUUUACAAACAGCCACAUCAACUUCAAUGACAAAAACCUUCGCCAACACCGCCCCUUUACCAUCCUUGUCUGCAAACAUAGACAGCGGAUGGGCUAGUUUCACCUCGAAUCCGUACGAAUUUGGCUUUCAAAACGCUCUUGCAACAUCCCCUUACACCGGAUUCUCGACAAAUCCUCAUAGCAAUUUAUCCACGUCCUCCGCCACUACCGGAUUCUAUGGUGGAAUGAUUUCGCAGGGAGAUCCUCUUUUGCCGUCUCUAACCUCCACUCGAUCUGAUUUGCAUCACAAUUCCGUUCUUAAUAGGUCGCCAAGUCCACCUAUGGAAAAUAUCUCAUCACGUUCAUAUGGUGGAAGCCCAAACAAUUCUGGCGACAAAAAACUCAGUGGACUUGUCGGACUUGAUGCAGCUGAUGUUGAUCCUCAUCGCUUGACUUCCCUUCCACCUCUUAUGCUCAAAAGUAAGGACAAUUCCGUGUCACCAUUACCGUCACUAGAUUUCUUUACUUAGGCUUGCAGAAUUUUUUUCAUGUUCUUGAACUGAGUAAAAUUAACCUACGUAAAGAAGGCAUGAAACUGUUUGAAAUUACAUUUGAAAAUGUAUGGUGUGAAAAAAGUGUUGUAAUGUAUGGGGUAAAAAUAGUAAUGGUGACACAAUUCCUUGUCACCAUUACCGUCACUAGAUUUCUUUACUUAGGUUUGCAGAAUUCUUUGCGUAUUCUUGUACUGCGUACAAUUAACCUACGUAAAGAAGGCAUGAAACUGUUUGAAAUUACAUUUGAAAAUGUAUAGUGUGAAAAAAGUGUUGUAAUGUAUGGUGUGAAAAUAGUAAUGGUGACACAAUUCCUUGUCACCAUUGCCGUCACUAGAUUUUCUUACUUAGGCUAGCAAAUUUCUUUGCAUGUUCUUGAACUGCGUAAAAUUAAUCUACAUAAAGAAAGCAUGAAACUGUUUAGAGAUUUCAUUUGAAAAUGUAUGAUGUAAAAAAAGGGUUGUAAUGUAUGAUUUAUAAAAAGUAAUGGCGACACAAUUCCUUGUCACCAUUACCAUCACUAGAUUUCUUUACUUAGGCUUGCAGAUUUCUUUGCAUGUUCUUGAACUGCGUACAAUUAAUCUACAUAAAGAAGGCAUGAAACUGUUUAGAGAUUACAUUUGAAAAUGUAUGAUGUAAAAAAAGGGUUGUAAUGUAUGAUUUAUAAAAAGUAAUGGUGACACAAUUCCUUGACACCAUUACCAUCACUAGAUUUCUUUACUUAGGCUUGCAGAUUUCUUUGCAUGUUCUUGAACAAUGUAAAAUUCAACUACGCAAAGAAGAUAUGAUACUGUUAAGAGAUUACAUUUGAAAUUUUUGGUGCAAAUAAGAAAGUGUUAUUUUUAAGCCGUAUGUAUUAAAAUGAAGUGUAACUAAGAACGGGGAAAUGUGUAGGCUAAAAAUGCAUGAAACAUUUUUACAUUAUGUACAGUAUUUUUACACCGUGUAAAAUAUUUUGCAAUUGUAUACCAUGCGUGUUACAAAGGGAGGUAUCAGAAAUGUCAUUGAUAAGUCAUAUUAUCUUUCAUCUCAAAUCAUUUAGGUUUAAAAAUACCUAAAUAUUUUCUUGCUAAUGAUGAUAAUUUUUUUUUUGUUUAUUUAGCUUUUUUCCUUGAUCGUGAAGAUAAUUUCCAUCUUCUUUUAAAGUUUCCAUUCCUUCCUUUUAUAUUGAAUAAAAAAAUGUCCAAAUUUCAGGAUUUUGGCGAUAAAAGAAAAGUUAAUAGUUUUAAAUUUACUUUGAAAAUAAUAUAAGAAUAUUGCUUCGGAAAAAAGAACUAUAUUCGUAUUGGAUAUGGCGGCAUAUUAUAAAAUUUGAAGAGAAUUUGAGCAAAUUAAUUAUGAUGUAAUUUUUUAUUCUCUGAAAUUUCAAAAAUAAAUAUUUUCUUAAUGAAAGAAAAUAGGUUUAAUCAUUUUUUACAAAUUUUUUACUAUUUUUAUAAUAGGUUUGAUUAUUUUUCUUAAAAAUUUAGAUUAUAAAAAGUUAUUUAAAAGUGUCACCUUCAGUUUCUUCUUUAUAAGUAAAUUAGUUGAUAGAAUAAAUAAUUGACUUGUAUUGAAAUUAUUUUUAAAAAAAUUUAUAAAGUUUACUUUUUGAACUUGAAUUAGAUUAUUUAAAAGAAGAUAAGGUAGUUCUAGGAAGGCAAAAAAGAAGAUAAUGGUAUCUCAUUUCUCGAAAUAGUAAACUAAAACUCAUUUUAACAAAAAUCAUUUUUUAUCGAAGCAUAAAAUUUUAUAUAAGCAUUUUCAUUGUUCAAGAAAAUCAACUAAGUGUGUUAACUGAUUGUACAUAGUUUGAACAUUUAGCGUAAGUAUAUCUUUCAAAUUGAAAUUUCGAAAAAUAUUGUUUGUUUAGUUUUUCUCUUUUGUGCUAUCAAUAAAAAUGUUUAUAGUCAUACAAAAUAAAAUAUUAAGACAUUUGUACAGAUGUAAUAUCAUAUGUAUUAUGUACGCUUACUGCACAUCGCAAUUGGCAACACCAUAGUGCCUUAAACAUGGUUUUACACUACAAUUUUACGUAUUUUUUUCGCUCAAUUGUGUUGUAAAUACAAAUUUUGUCUUUUAAAAAGUUGAAUGUUAAUUUUUAUUGUACCUUGAAUUGUUCCAAUAUUUAUGUAAACUUUGUAUAAAGCUUAAAUUUUAACAAAAUUCUCGAUUAUUACUUCAUGUUUGUACUCUUUAUAUAAUAAAACUAUGAGUUUUUA